GCAACUCACCGUUCCGGCGACUUUUCCGAUCGCUUUCCGGUGACUCUCAUCCCGAGCCAUGGCAACAGAAUGAGCCGCCGCCGAUCGCCAUGUCGGUAUCCUUCUCCAACUGCUUCCCCGACUCCUUCCUUCUCUGCGGCGAGGACACCUCCGGAAUAUUGUCCUCCGGCGAUUCGCCGGAAUGUUCCUCUGACCUCGAUUCCUCGCCGCCGUCGGAGGAGGAGUCUAUAGCCGGAUUCAUCGAAGACGAGCGAAACUUCGUUCCCGGAUUUGAUUACCUCACAAGGUUCCAGUCUCGCUCGCUCGACGCCACCGCCAGAGAAGAAUCCGUUGCAUGGAUUCUCAAGGUGCAGGCUUAUUACGCUUUUCAACCGCUCACGGCUUAUCUUUCCGUCAAUUACAUGGAUCGGUUCUUGAACUCUCGGCCGUUGCCGCAAACAAAUAAUGGGUGGCCACUGCAACUUCUAUCAGUCGCGUGCUUGUCUUUAGCGGCAAAGAUGGAGGAACCUCUAGUUCCGUCUCUAUUGGACCUUCAGGUAGAAGGUGCCAAAUACAUAUUUGAGCCCAGAACAAUUAGAAGGAUGGAGCUACUUGUCCUGGGCGUCUUGGAUUGGAGACUAAGAUCAGUCACGCCAUUUAGCUUCCUCGGUUUCUUUGCGUGCAAGUUAGAUUCAACAGGAACUUUUACUGGGUUCCUCAUUUCACGGGCUACACAAAUUAUCUUAUCUAAUAUCCAAGAGGCCAGUUUUGUUGCGUAUUGGCCAUCAUGCAUUGCUGCCGCGGCCAUUCUCCAUGCAGCUAACGAAAUUCCUAAUUGGUCUCUCGUUAAGCCUGAGCAUGCCGAGGCGUGGUGCGACGGGCUAAGAAAAGACAAAAUUACGGGGUGCUACCAAUUAAUGCAAGAACUUGUGAUUGACCACAACCAGAGGAAACUCCCUAAAGUGUUACCACAGCUGCGAGUGACAACUCGUCCCCUUAUGAGGUCACGUGUCUCGUCAUUCUCAACUUCCUCUUCUUCUUCGUCUUCUUCUUCUCCCCCUGUUUCUUGUAAAAGGAGGAAAUUAAAUAACUGUUUGUGGGUAGAUGAUGACAAUGGAAACUCCCUGUGAAGAGCAAAAAGAUCAGUAAUAAAGGGGCACAAAAGAAAGGAAUAAGGUGGUGGUCCAAGUUGUGCAGAAACCUCAACAUUUUUUAGAGGGUUUUUGAGUUUAAAAUUGGCAAGUGUCAUGGUGUACAUUAUAAUAUAUACUAUAUUUUAUGAGAGUCGUGAGCUUUUGUUAUUGUUAUUAUGAUUUUGUUGGUGGGUAUUGCCAUUCAUCAAUGGCUUUGCACAUUCCCUAUGGAGGGGGAUUUUGCAACAUAAAUAUGUUGUUGUGGGAAAGAGAGAGAAAGAGAGGGAUGCAUUUAAUGUGGUUUUGUCGUGUAAGUGUGGAAGAAAAAAGUGGGGAAUUUGGAAUUCAAAGAUGCGCUGGUUAUAGGUGAAAGGGAAGAAGAUGGUGGGGCAGUGCUUAAGAGCUUGGACAAAAAAAAGAAGCAGAGUCGCAGAGCAGAUAUCAAUUGGGUCAGGCAAACCUUAGGAUAUUGAACUCAUUGAACUCUGUGAGCUGUUUCUUAUAAUAUGAUCUCUAAGUCAAGCUUCUCAUCUUGGCCAGCAUCUUCUCGCCUUCAGCUUUCACGUUACUUUGAUGGUUUGAUGGGAUACACAAGAGUACAAAAAGGAAAUAGCAACAAGUUGAAGCUGGCUACAUUUUGUGACUUUUUUCCAAUGAUACGCGUGAAGACGCCUCUGGUGCGUGUCUUGCACGUGGGUCUGUGUGAUUUCUCUGUUGUAGUUGUGGCGGGAAUUUUCUCUUACUUUCGUUUUUGGCCUAGAGCUUUGGCCUAACUAUACAGGACACAUUGUUUGGUGUCCACGCGUGAUGGAAACACGUGUCUAUAGUUUUAAUUUUUCUGGAUUUUUUCAUUUGUUUUCAAGUGAGGAGAACUCUCUU